GCUUGCGGGUCAGACCUGUGGGCCAGGGGAUGGGAGCAGGGCUGAGGGUAGGGGCUGAAUGUGUGGCUCUGUCCCUGUGUUGCCUUCCACAGAGGAGCAAGGCCUCAGGCUGAGGAAGGAGGGGCACGCUGGAACAGCCUAGUCUCCUCCCCGUGGAUUCCCCCAAACCCAUAACAUUCUUCCAUAGGGGCUGAGAACGCAGUGCCCCGUCCCUGACAGGGAUGAAAAGUGAACCCCUCAGGUCAGGAGAGGCAGAGUUGAGGUUCUGCCACUUCCUGUCCCUGGGGAGCCACUCAAGUUACCAGGGCUACCGGCUGAAAUAAAUCUUUUCCGGGUAGGGCCAAGGGCAGUGUGUUGCCAAGGCAACUGAUGUAGGCCAGUUGUGUGACUCCAGGCUUGUCCUGGUACUCAGUGGGUCCAAUCACCUGGCAUUGAUCACCUGGCAUUGAUCAGCACCCACCCCACCCCUGAGGCUUGCCCAGGCCCUCAGAUCCCUGCUCGUCCUGCCUUUCCUGCCCAUGUGUCACCCAGCACCCAAGGUUCAGUGACACAGGGUGGUUUGGAGCUGGUCACUGUCAUAGCAGCUGUGAUUUCACAAGGAAGGGUGCUGCAGGGGGACCUGGUUGAUGGGGAGUGGGAAGGGGAAGGUAUAAAGAGAUCUUCCUCAGGUAUCUUCAAGCCUCAGGGAGUAAAAAAGACUCCUGGGCCCGGAGUGCAGCAGGGACAGGGGCCCUUUGGUGGCCUCUUUGAGGCAGCAGCAGGACUGGGAGGGGGAGGGGUGUGCACAUGUCCUUUGUGUCCCUGCCCCUUUGCACAUGGUGCCUGUAUCAAGGCCCUUGGCCACGUGGGGCUAUGGCCUUGAACACAGUCCGGUUUUGUUGGCCACUUACGGAGCCAUUGCCUCUGUGGCCAACACCCAACACUGGGCAGUUGCCGAGCCCCGCCCCACAGCCCCCCUGCCCCACACCACCUGUGCUUCGAGCCUCUCCUGCACCCCAGUGGGGCUUUGGCUUACCAGAGGUCACCUGGAGCAGGCCCUGGGUCCCACCUGCCUGCUGGCUGGGUGCUGGUUGGUUCCCUGCAUCUCCCUCUCAAUGUGACCUUGAAAUAGGUGUGUGAGGACCCCAGCUCCAUGCACACAGCACUUGCCUCCCAUAUUCCCACUCACGUGGGGCCCCUUCCCCAGGAAGCAGGAAGUGUGGCGGGAAGCCCUGCCCACCCUGCUCAGGCUGCCCUGGCCCUUGGGCUAGGUUUGGGUCCUUGCAUCUGUUCUCUUGUUCUGUCUUUGUCAUAUCUUGUUCCUUCCCUGAGGGAGCUCCUCCCUGAAUGCCAUCUUUAUGGGGGCUGCAUGUUGGCCUCUCCUCCCUGACCCUCGGCUUUCCCCUUUAGGCACCUUACUUGCCUUGGGUGAUAUCUCAGGGUCCUCUAAGGUCCCACCGGGUGUCACCUGCUGGUUUGUCUGGUGCACCUUCACCCCCAUCCCCUUGGAGGGGGUCAGUGGUCCUUGGAUCAGAACUGAGUGCAAAAAUGUCCAAUUCCCAGCCCAAUCGCAAUUUUUUCAAGAAGCAAAGGGUACCUCCACCAGGAAGUCCACACGUCCAUGGUCAGAGCCUUCAGGUGGUCCCGGGGUAGUAUUUUUGGGCAGUGGUGGCAAGGAGGGGCCCAGAGCAAUGGGGCAGCUCGAGGGGGUCUUCCUGAGAGAUGGCCUCUUCCUCCGAGGUCUCCUUCAGUGGCCACUUGACUGGGUUCCAGCGGGUAUGGUCUGUGCACAGGGACUACCCCCUGAGCUUACUUAGCCCAAGUCACCUCCUAUCACCCCAAACUCUCAAGAAAAUCUCCAGCUCAGAAAUAAUCCAGAGCAGUGCUCAGUGGCAGUGGCUCCUUUGGUUACUUGGAAGGGCACAAAACCACUCCUGGAUGGGAAGGGGGUACACACAGGAAGGACACCUACAGGCCGAGCGGGGCGUGGCAGGAGCCAGCAGGGUGCAUGGAGGCCCCGUUCCAAAGCCCUCUAAUCGCCAGCGCCACCACCGCUGCCACAAGACCGAUCACUGGCCUCACACCGAGGCUUUCUCGGUUGCCCCGACGACGUGUCCGGACCGCAGUCAGCUGAUCGGUAGAGACGCCCCCACGCUCUCUGCCCCUAUAAAGGCUCAGUCUUGGGGUCGAGGCCGCCUCUCUUGGACUUCCCUACUCAAACUCCAGUUGUUCCCGGGCGACGUGAGGAUUAGUCUCGUGGGGUGGGGGUUCCUGAGCGGUCGGCGGAGGGAGGGAGGUAGUGGGGAGCCCAGGCCAGGGGCAACAGUCACCGGGACACUCGCUGUGCGCAGAGUCCUUGCCCCAAACUUCCAGUCAGGAGCCCGGGAGAGACGCUGGGCAUCAAGACGGGUGGCAGCCUGCCCGGCCGCUGCUCCCGGCCCGCCGAGUUCGCCACCUCACCCCCACCCCUGCUGGCCUCUCCCCGUGCUCAAGACACGAGACCCAGCCGUCUCUGCCUCUUCUGCAGCCACUUUAUUGCCUUCGCCCCUGAAUGAAGCCCGCAGGCGGCGGCCCCGGGGAGAGCCGGGAAUGGCCGCCGUGCCCCUCAGCCAGCCGCUGCCCUGGGCCUGCCCUGCCGACGUGCGGCUCUGCGGCCACCUGCGCGCAGACCCGCCGCGUCCCGAGUGUUCCGAGAGCGAGCAGAAGUUUCGCGCGUGCCGAGCCCGGCCCCAGAGCAGCCUGAGCCUGGCGGGUGCGUGCACCACCAGCAAGUGCGCAGACGCGCGCCAGCACCACCUGAUCGUCCUCUACACCCGCGACAGCAGCCUGCGCGUGGCGGCGGCAGGCGAGGCGGAGCAGCAGGCGUGAUACAACACCCUGCUCGAGGAGCGCGGUGAUGCCGGUGAGGCCCGAGCCCCGGGCUUCCGGGGGCCUCGGGGGCUUCUGGCUGUGGUUUCUCCGUGGCUCGCCCCUCCCCCAGGUCGCCGAAAGUUCAAACAUUAAAGGGGCAGGUUUAGAGUUCUCCGGGCACAGGCCCGGCGCGGUGGCUCACGCCUAUAAUCCCAUUAGUUUGGGAGGCCAACGCGGGCGUAUCACCUGAGGUCAGGAGUUCGAGACCAGCCUGGCCAACAUGGUGAAACCCCAUCUCUACUAAAAAUACAAAAAUUAGCCGGGCGUGGUGGCACAUGCCUGUAAUCCCAGCUACUCAGGAGACUGAGGCAGGAGAAUCGCUUGAACCGGGGAAGCGGAGGUUGCAGUGAGCCAAGAUCAACCACUGCACUCCUAGGUAACAGAGCUAGACUC